CAUUUCGAACCAAAUCGGCUCGACGACCUAAUUUUUUCUUCUCGUUGCUAGGUCGAAGAGCUUAGAUCGAGCUUGUUGGCUUGCUCUCUCCAAUCGUGGCUGACUUGCGGCAGGGCAGGAAAGGAGGAGCAAAAUGAAUCGAUUUCGAACAAAGAAGAAAGCCAAGGAGGCUGAAGGUUUGGUCCGAGUCUCGACCGAUUCCGAUGGACCCCCACUAGCACCUGUGAAGUCCUCGAAGACUUUCAGACGAGGCAAGAAGGGUCAGGAACCGGAGCCUAAGCUAGAGAUCGAUCUUGCCACUGCGUUGCCAUCGUCAGACGACUUUCGGACGAGUCUGUUAAUGAGCGGUCUCUCCGCACGAUUUUCCAUGCUCCGCGAACAAGACGACCCUAAAUCGAAGAUUGGAAAGGCGAGUGAUGACAGUGUUCUAUUUCCCAAGCGGCAGUCGAGGUUAAAUGACUUCGGGUUUCAGUCACAUGGAUUAUCAGAUAUUGCAGAGGUUUCGUCAAUCAACGGAUCAAUCAGACCUCCUUUCGCCUUUGGAAGGGCCGACUCCUUCCACACAACGGACGGUUACGGAACCGACGAUGAUUCUACACACACAGGCAGCAUCAUGAACCGGUCAAAGCCAGGCGAAGGAAACAAUCUCUUUGGUGGUCGGCAGAAAAUAUACAAGAUCCCGGUUAAUUCAUCUGGGUCCUCAAAAACCACGACUGAUAGUGCAGGUGGGGGCAUGGGCGGUCGAGCUUUAUAUGAGAAUGAUGUCAGCCAAUCAGCCUUUCAACGACUCCGUGAGCGUGAAAGGGAACAAGAACGGCGGGAACGGGCAGAACGGCAAGAGCGCGAAGAGAUGGAGGCUCAAUCAUCACGACCCAGCUCACCACCCCCUUCCGGUUACAAUCGCAACAGGGAAACCUCAUCUACAACGUCUUCAGCCGGUCCGUCAAAUACCAGGACGUCCACAGCCGCGACCUCCUUUACCUCACAAAGAACCCCAUCUCUGAGUGGUGCACAUACCCCAGUGACCCCGAAUGUUCCCAAUUCGGGCACCCCUACCCUUGAGAGAUCCACGACCAAAGGCCGUCGCUUAUACGAGACUGGUCUCGAUCAGCAUCUGCAUGAACAGCAAUUUUCUGCCAUGAACAGGAUUGACACAUUGACUAGGCAGCGGACCAUUGGAGCCCAAACUCCACCCCUCGGACUUUCACCAACAGCAGGUCCUCAUGUGAGCGAGAGAUGGGACCGACACCAGCUUGCUGGGAAAGCCAGCAUGCCAAACCUUCGAGCGGCAAGCCCGCCCCCAACAGGCGCUGCCAUGGGUACUUUUGACUUUACUGCAAGACAGAACAAUGCUAUUGAAAGUAAGCCCUUUGGGAUGACCUCUCCCCCUCUAAGUCCUCCGAUGAGCGAGCACGACGAUCCCGUCUCUCUUGCACUUCAACCCAAUGAUAGAGGCAAAGCUACAGCGUUAGGUGCCUUUUCAAAGCCUGUCCAACCAUAUGACGAGAACAAGUACUCUCAAAGACAGCUUCAGAUGCAACAGGGAAGAGAAACACCACCUCGGAAGAACUCGCCACCCCGUGCUUUUGUCCCUCGACAACAACAGCAAGUGAGCCGUACCCGUGCAGACUCGAACCUUACCUUCGCGUCCGGCAGUUCGAGAUCAAACUCCUCAGCCCAAAGACAUUUUCUACCAAAGGACCGAAUCCCAGAAACCUUGAGAACUGAGAAUCCUGUACCAGAAAACGAAUCCACAGGUGGUGGAACAUUCUUGAGCUCGCCUGACGGCAGCCCCCAGGGCUCUCCGAACGACUUGAUGCAGGAACCUAGCAAGCCAAAAGCAAUUCUUCGACCACUUGAUUUGUACGCCAAAUAUCGACAGGAUCUACCAAUGAAUCUUGAACGCCCUCCGGAGUCAGAGCAUCCUGCGAACCGGCAGCAAACCAAUGAGGAAACCUCAAAUGGACUUACGGAAACUCGUACUCAACUCACGACUACCAAUCUGCAGCCUCAUCCUGCAACCCAGCCUCCAGCAGACUCCCCUACUCUAGGUCCAACGGUGGGUCUGAUAGACAUUCAUCAAUUUCGCCAGCACCUGAGGGCGGAUAGCAACAGCUCAUCGAUAUAUGGCGGGGAACCAUCGGCUGGCAUAACGUCUCGUUUCCCAUUCGAUCACACCGAGUCAUUACCGCAGAAUGAUUAUGCAACUAAAAACAACCCCUGGGAAUCAGACGAUUGGGAUCAUGAUUAUUAUAAGGACGCCAAUUUUGGUCAGGAUGGCGCCUCUGACAUGGCGAGAAUGGACGAAGUCUUGCCUGCUCCGCUCUCAACUCGUUCGCCAAAUAUUGAAGUAACUGGGCAGGGUCCCCGCAAGCCAUCAUGGGAGAAGGAAAUGGAGAAUCAUCACACCAGAAAUGGAAGCUCCGAGACCCAGAAAGAACGUCAAGACUUCCAGAAUGAGCUCGCCACCCGUCGAAGGCGUGUUCAAGAGAGUCUGAAGAGUUUCGUUGAGACGGAGAGCAAGGCCGAAAGCCCCAUGCUAGGGUCUGAGUUACCUUUGAAGAACAAUCCUUUGGGGCUUCUGAAGACCAAGUCGAGUCGUGGGUCGGUAAUCAGCGGAACAAAAGAACCUGGACAGACCAAAGCUAUGAAGAUGUUGGGCAUUGGAAAUGCGACUAUGACCAGCUCUCACUCACCAAACAAGCAAAGUUUUGAGGAGACUCCAUGGCAAAAGGAAGAAGAGGAGAUGCUGCGAGGGGUGGCGAAGCCUCCCACGUCGCCCACACAGACUAGAGAUUUUCGACAGGCUCGCAGGGAUGCACAGCGUGAUCGUGAGAAGCAGGUUACAUUGAGGCAUCAACAAAAUCAACAACGGAUGGCAGCGGAAGCGAGUGAGUCGGAAUGGUCCAAUUCCCGGAUGGAUCACCAGCCGCGCCAGCGAGCACCAAAUGGCGACCGAAUCCCCCCCAAUAUUCGGACUGGACCCCGCACGCAAAGUCGAGAGAGAAGACAGCACCCCCCACCUGUGACCCAUUCAUUCAAUACAGGUAGCGGCCGAGACAGCAAGGACAGUGCGGGAACGCCACGCUCUGGAUCGAGACCGCCGUCCGGCGCUUCAAGAGAUCGAUCCGGCUCUGAUACCUCAGGGGGACGUUCCAAAAGUCGAAAUGGGCGAUACAAAGACGACUUAGCAAAGGCAAUGGCUGAGGGCACGUCGAGCUCUAGUCAAGGCUACUAUGAAGAACUCGAAGUUCCUUCUGCACGCUUUGCUCCAAGAUCGCCCGGGAAUCCAGGCAUGGGAUUUUCUCAGUCUCCAAUUCCAUCGCCAAUGCUUGGCUCCAACAGCAGAUCAAGAAGCAAUAGCAAUUUAGCAACUGCUGGAUAUUACGAUAGCCAAAAGUCCCCGAUGAUGCUUCAGAGUGGCCGCGAGACACCUGAAAUUGGUCUUGCACCUAGACCUUCUCCCACAGCUCCAUUCGUGGUCAACGCGACACCAGCAUUGAUCCAACCUUCACCCGCUGGUUCCGGAGCCAAUACACCAACCGUACAGGGUUUCCAGAGCCAAGGGUCGUCCUUGCAGAAUGGCACUGAGGUUUAUGCGCCACCCAUUCCUCCCGUGAAUCCUAAACGUCGCCAAACCCGUGCGAUCUUUGGGACCUUGAUGGGAAAGAAAGACGAGUACGAUGAAAUCCACUCUAUGCCAUCAGCAACUCAAUCUACCGAGGAAAUGAGCACCUUUUCCGCGGAUGAAGGUGAAUUUAAAUCCAAGCACCGGCAGAAGCUCCGGAAAUCCUCGAGCGAAGGUGGGAACCUCAAUGCCCGGGCCAGACACGCCGCUCAAGCCGCUCCAAGCCCAGCGGUUCCAUCUUUUCCCAUCGGCUCAGGAAGUCCUCCGCGCCUUGGUGAAGGCGGGAUGUUUUAGUGUUUCUUAUGAAUGCGGGCCGUUAUUAUACGGCCUUAUAUAUAUACCCUUGCCAUAUUUUCCAUGUAUCAGAUAAUGUUUACACGAGACUUUCAUAUGUAUAUCAACCCCAUGGCGCUUUAAAAAGACUGGGAGGGAUUUGGCGUUUUGAGAGCGAACGCGUGUAAUCAUGCCUCUUUCCUUUGGAGC